AUGGCGAGCGAGACGACAUCUGGAGACUUGCAACUUGCGGCGGCCGCUGCUGGAUUCUCUCUUGGCUUCGGAUACUUGACUGUAGUUCGCGCCUAUAAGCAGACGAAGGCUAACAGAGCUCCUGCUCGGAGCGCGUACAUUUACAUGCUAUGGGGAGAGAUUUUGGCAAACCUGAUCCUUGGAAUCAUGACGUGGCUCUACCUCAAGGAUGUUGUGAAGACUACCCCAGUCCUUCUCUUCUUCAUCCUUGUCUUCUACGCGUUCGAAGUUCAACUUCUGAUGCAGAUCAUCAUCAAUCGAAUCGCCCUCAUCGCAGAACGAAAACCGACUGCGACCAAACUCAAGAUCGCAACAGCCGUCAUCAUCUCAUGCAUCAAUAUUGCCGUCUUUUGCAUCUUCAUUCCGAGCCACAUGAUACCUCCGGCGAACCAGACCUUCGUAAACAUCAACAAGUACUGGGAUCGUCUAUCGAAAGUCUUGAUUAUGCUUGUCGAUGCUUACCUGAAUUGGUAUUUCGUCUACGUCGUGCGGGCACGACUUGUCAAAUAUCAUGGUCUUAAAAAGUACAAACCCCUGAUCGGGUAUUAUACUCGCUUGGGUCUGGUGUCGGUCGCAAUGGAUCUUAUGCUUAUUGGACUGAUGUCCUUGAGAAAUCAUUUACUUUUUGUGCAAUUUCAUCCGGUUGCAUACAUGGUAAAGCUCAACAUAGAGAUGUCUAUGGCAGAUAUGAUAGUCAAAGUCGCGCGAUCAUCCGAAAACGACGUCAAGCCGAAAUCGUCCUCUCACACGCCAUUCCCCGAGCAAUCACGAUCACAUCAUACACGUACCCUACACGGCGACGAUGACAUGAACAUUGGCCCACAGAACACUGCAGUGAUUGGUCAUACCCAGCUUGACAAGGCACAGCGAAAAGACAUCCAAGGCAUCUCUCGCCAGACAGAAGUCCAAGUUUAUGUCGGAGAUGCGGACAGCGAUUUUCACUCCGAUAGUCUCGAGGACGGUAAAGAGCAGAACAGGAGUGGGAGAGGCUCGUAUGAGUCGCAGGUUCCAUUGAAGGAUCUUGGAAGGCCAAUAGAAGUGCGAUGA